UCAGAGGCCGGGUCUACUAACUCAAUACAAAUGGGCCCUGGUUUCCUUUCUAGCCCAAGAUACGUUACGUGGUUAGCCCGGCCCAGCCCAAAUAUCUUUUCACAGUCAUCCACAGUUUCCACACCACGAUUGCAGUCUUCCUCUCCUGAGCUUCAGACAGGAGUCCAAUGGCGGAGCAACACACACGCGCGCACACACACAAACACCUUUUUCCCGCUUUUCCAACAUAAGUGAGACAUUCAUCGGAUCACAUUUUCUCGGUGAAGGAGAAAACCACACAUACACGAAGCAUCAUCAUCGUCUUCAGAUGGCUCUUUUCCUCUGCCUUCUCGUUCUUCUUCACGGAGCAUCAGCUAAUGCUGGUACUGGAAAAGAAAAGACAUUGGCAAUGGUAAAGCCAGAUGGAGUUGAUGGUAAACAUGUCGAUCUUAUCAAGAAAACAAUUUCGGAUUCCGGCUUCAGCAUAAUCGACGAAAUCGAGCUUCAAUUGGACGAAAAUGCAGCAAAGAGUUUCUACGAAGAACAUUCUUCCAAGAGUUUCUUCUCGAGCCUCGUUAAAUACAUGACAAGUGGGCCGGUGCUAGUAAUGGUUCUAGAGAAGGAAAAUGCGAUAGCAGAUUGGCGUGUUUUGAUUGGACCUACGAAUGCAAGCAAAGCUAAGGUGACUCAUCCCAAAAGUUUGAGAGCCUUCUGCGGGACCGACUCUGAAAGAAACUGUGUUCACGGUUCAGAUUCACCGCAAUCUGCUGCAAGAGAAAUAGCGUUUUUCUUUCAGAAAUCCUUUUCAGGUCAGGUCUUCCUGUAGAUUUUGACUCGAUUUUCAUUGAUGUGGAUGAAUUCUCGUGAUAUCUUGUUCGUGCUCGUUAUGCAUGCUGUACCUUGGUGAUACUAAGCCUUAUUUCGAAAAGCUAGACUUGGACUGAGCUGUUUUUCUAUUUCAAGUUUGCAGUUUGUCUACAUUUUUUAAAUCUAAUGAAAAUUCAGAACUUUUGAAGGGUAUUGAUUGUUAGCAUUUUGUAAUCUGGCCAUCUUCGUUUUCCUGAAUAAAGGUUGUUUUGUCUGAUUUUUCGAACCGAAAUACAAAUACUCAUCCUUUUAGUUAAGAUAAGAGUAUGAAUUGAUGAUGCCUUUAUUUAGGCUAUGUUUGGUAAACCUGAUAAACUAGCUUAUAGCUUUU